AGUCAUUUAUAAUGUCAACCGGGGAAUACGAUGCUAGCAGUGCUAAUAUUACAAGUUUAUGGCAAUAUCUUCUAUUAUUUGUGUUUGUCAUCAUCGUGGGAAUUUCGUUAUUUAAUCUUCUAGUCGCGAAGGCCUUGAACGACAUUCAGUUGAUUCAAAACCAAGCGGAAAUAUGUAGUGCCAUAUAUCGCAUCAAUAUAGUAAAAACUUAUGAGAAGCUGUCUAUCGUAAAGUAUUGGAUUACAUUAACUAGGCUUUGCAAGAAGCCGUCUCAUAAUUUGUUAAAGAAUAUAACGAUGCGAAAAUUUAAUUAUCCGCUAAAAAUGACUUUUUACUAUGCCAAUAUAAAAGACUUCGAAAUUGCUGAGAAAAAUUCGAAAGAGGAACAACAAACCAAUGAGGAAGAAGAGAAGGUUUUGAAGAAAAAUUAA